UCCUCCCACUUUUAUAUUUUACCCUAUCUCCAGGGGAAGCUUCUAGAAUUACAACAAAUCUAAACCCCUUUCUCUCUCUUUCAUCUAGAUCUGCAACAAAAGUUUUGAUUAACACGAGUCUGUAACCAAGAAACGUGUACUUUCGAGGGAUUUGAUUGAGUUUCUCUUUUUUUUGUUUGGGUGAUGAGUUUGAUUUGAUUCAGGUUUGGGUUAGUUGGGGUAUGGCUAUGACUCCGCCACCAGAGGGUCGGAACGCCGGCGACUCGGCUAGGACGUUACCUACUCCUUUUCUAACUAAAACUUACCAGCUUGUGGAUGACCACACAAAUGAUGAUGUUAUCUCCUGGAAUGAAGACGGAUCUACUUUUGUCGUAUGGAAUCCUACAGAAUUUGCAAGAGAUUUGCUCCCUAAAUAUUUCAAGCACAACAAUUUCUCGAGUUUUGUCCGUCAACUCAAUACUUACGGAUUUAGGAAGGUUGUCCCUGAUCGGUGGGAAUUUUCAAACGAAUGCUUCCGGCGAGACGAGAAAAUGCUUUUAUGCGAUAUACAGCGUCGGAAAAUAGCAACGCUGUCUUCUGCGGUGGCUGCAACAUCGCUAGCUGCGGUUACGGUGGCGGCUGCACAUCCGACGCCAGCUACAACUCAGCUGCGGACGGAGUCUCCUUCGGACUCAGGGGAAGAGCAGGUUCUGUCGUCCUCCAACUCCGCCGGGGCUGUACUCGAGUUUAGCGGAAGCACAUCUGAGCUUAUUGGAGAGAACGAGCGGCUGAGGAAAGAGAACAUGCAGCUCAACAAAGAUUUGAGCGACGUGAAGAACUUGUGCAAUAAAAUUUACCAUCUUAUGUCAAAUUUCUCUAAUUGCAGCAGUAGCAAUGACCAGGCUGCGAAGCCCCCGGAUUUGCUACCUUCGACAGGAUUUUGUGAAGAAAUGGAAGGCGUAGUUACCGCUUCCGCGGCGCCUGACGGCGGCGAAGUAAAUGACAUAAGAUCUAACGCGGAGAGAUUAAGCGCGAGGCUGAUCGGUAUGCCGAUGGGCGUGAAACGCGGGAGGGAAUUCGACGGUACUUCGGCGGACCAUGAUAUGGAUUUGCAGCUGCAGCUGCAGCAGCCCGGCACUGAUGUGAAAUCUGAGCUGUCCGAUCAAAAUAUCGGUGAUGAUCCAGAGACAACCUGGCUUCGGCGGUGCAACUCGCGUAAUCAAGGGUAUUUUAAUAUGAACGGUGCAGAUCAUGAAUCUUAAGAUUAUUGUUUAUUUUUUCCAGUUGGAGCAAAUAGUGUCUUUUUAUUUUGUUUUGUAUCUCUGUGUACAUUGUGUGUCAUGCAUACUUUAACCGUGGCAUGAUUUGGUACGUAUCUAAUUACCAAUUUUCCAAUCAAUUAAUUAAUAUAUGGAGGCAAUAGGGAUUAGGUCGUGCAUAUUUUGCUAAUA